AUGGGUGACCACCUCGCGCUGCUCGUGGACCGGCUGCUCACGGAGGCGACGCUGGAGGCGGCGAUCGGGGGCAGGAUGAAGCCGGCGGAGACGGCGGCGGUCGGCUACUGCUGCGCCGCCGCUGCAGCUGGAGACGGCGGUCCCCCGAGCAAGAUGGUGGAGUGCAGGAUCUGCCAGGAAGAGGACUGGGACAGCGGCAUGGAAGCGCCCUGCGGCUGCCGCGGCAGCCUCAAGUACGCUCACCGAAAAUGCAUCCAACGAUGGUGCAAUGAGAAGGGCGAUACCAUCUGCGAAAUAUGCUUGCAGCAAUUCAGGCCAGGUUACAAUUCCCCGCAGCAGUUGUUUCACUAUGGAAGUAUACCAAUGAACUUCAGGGGGAACUGGGAGAUUGCUCGGCACGAUCUCAAUGAUUCUCAGGUCAUAACAAUGGUGCCCUCUGAGCGCGAUUUCAUGGAUGACUACGAGGACUACUUGCCCGUGAGGACGAGGAGCAGCGCCUUUUGUUGCCGUACAAUCGCUAUAAUUUUCAUGGCCCUCCUGGUUCUUCGACACACUCUUCCUCUCGUGGUCGGCGGGAAUGGGGAGUAUUCAUUCGCCCUAUUCUCGCUUCUUGUGCUGAGGACUGCGGGGAUUCUAUUUCCAAUUUUGGUCAUGGUGAGAGCACUCGCAACCUACCACCGUCGUCGUCGCCAACAGGAAAACCAGGAAACCUAUAUGACGCCGGCGGACACUGACGCUGAGGAGGAAGAAGAGGAUGCUAUCGACACUGAUUCAGAACGGCCUUACUCGCAACCACGGCUGAUCCCAGUCUACUAACACCAUCAAAUUCAAGGAUGACGCCCUGCUGCGAUCGACAGAAGAGAAGAUCCCAAGAAACGAAAUGAAACAGGGGAAAAGACUAGACAAUGUAUCCUGACUUAGUAGGAUAGUCUGAACCACUCGCUUCUGUGUGCACAAAGAAGAAUGGAGUGGCUCUGUACAUAUCACAAGACUAACCCAUAUGCUGUAACUUGUGAGCUUCUCUACCUCUCCCAUGUACUGAAG